AUGACCCACGGCAAACGUGUGUCCAAUUUGAAUUGGAUUCUCUUCGCCAUCUUGACCGUCCUGACAAUAGAGGCCUUGUUCAGACGGCACCAUGAAACCACCAGCAACACCAUCACCCAGAACAGCGUGUCGACUCAGUCGAGUCCUGCUGUACUCCAACACAGCCUUCAAUCACCAACACACUCCAAAGUGGGCAAACUCUUCAUGCAAUACGGACCACUGAACCCCAUGUACGAGCGCGCCCUAGCAACACACAUCCCACACAACGAACAGCACGGCUACCGCAUGUCCAUCCUCCGCCGUCCCACCGUCAAAUUUCUCUGGUCCAAACCGGCCUUCAUGCUCUCGCACAUCCUCCAAGAACUCGAGAAACCCGAGGCGCAGCGCCUCGAAUGGUUCUUCUGGUUCGACAGCGACAUGCUCCUCCUGAACCCCAACAUCCCUCUAGAAUCCUUCCUCCCGCCCCGCCAGCACUGGAAUCACAUCCGCGCCCUAGUCGUGCAGGACCGCAACGGCCUCAACACGGGCGCCUUCGCGCUGCGCGUCGACCGCUGGUCCGCCAUGUUCCUGGCCGCCACGCUCGCCACGCCACACGCACUCCCGCACCUCAAGCUCAAGUACAACGACCAGUCCGCCAUGGAGUACUGGCUGCAGAGCGACCUCUACCGCAACAGCACCAUGCACGUGCCCCAGCGCUGGCUCAACGCCUACCCGGGCCGCCGCGGCAACACGCCGGGGUUGCCCGCGGACCCGAACGCGCCGCAGUCCGCGGCCCAGAGACAGCCGUUUACCGUGCGCGAGGGGGAUUUGGCCGUGCAUUUCGCGGGUGGCGGGGACACGCGCGCGCCGCGCAUGCUGCCGUGGUUGGAUGUGGCGGAGCAGAGAUUAAAGAGGUGGGAGGUGGCGUGGAAUGAGACGACGUAUCCAGGGGAAAUCAGCGAGUUUUGGGAGCGGGAGGCCGGGGGGGAGUGGGAAAGGGUGGAGGCCAUGAGGGAGAAGUGUGGCUAUCAGUAUUCGUAG